AGGAAAUUUUGCUUAUGAUUCAACAAAAUCUUGAGAUCUUGUCCUUAGUUAUGGAGUGUUAACGCCCUUAUUGGAGCCAUUUAAUGAUAAAACAAAACUAUCCAUCACGAGAAAGGCUGCGAAGACAUUGUCAAAGCUUUGUUAUGGAGUGCCACAGCCUCAAUUCGAGCAGGUUUGUCUUCCAAUUGCUUUUCUGUACGAUUUUGAUGCAUAUCAAUAAUUAACCAAUUCUACAUGGAAUUAUUGAGCAGGUGAAACCGGCCCUCCUUUCUUUUGCUCGUCUGAUUCAUACAGACAAUGUUAGCCAUGCAUGCAUGGCACUAUUCCUUCUAACUUCUGGGAAAGAGGAUAUAAUCCAAGAUGUGAUUGAUGCUGGUGUUUUUGCUCGUUUGGUUGAGCUUUUAGUAUAUUCUCCAAAUUUUGUUUUGAUACCUGCCCUGUACACUGUUGGUAAAAUUAUUCAAUAUGUUGAUGAUAUCCAGAUUCAGGUUAUUAUCGACAAAGGGGCUCUUCCUUGCCUGCGUAACUUUUUGACAGGAAAGUACAGGAAAAUUGUCAAGCUGAGCACGUGUUGGAUCAUUAUAUUAUUCAUUCGACGGACUAACGAUUAUAUUCAGGCCAUGAUUGACGCUGAUAUUAUUUUGCCUCUUCUCCAACUGCUUCAAAAUGAUGAAUUUGAGAUAUGGUGGAUGGCUGCUUGGGCUAUUUUGUUCGCCACAAAGGAUGGAACUAACGAGCAAAUUAAGUUCUUGGUCCGUGAGGGUUGUAUAAAGCCAAUGUGCGGUCUUCAAAUUACUCCCAACCCGGCAGAUUUCAUCGAAUAUUGGUUGGCAGGCCUUGAGAAUAUUCUGAAGGUUGGAGAAGCUGAGAAGAACCAAGGAAACACCGAAGAUGUCAACGUCUAUGCUCAGAUGAUUGAUGAUGCUGGUGGUCUUCAGAAGAUUAAGAACCUACAGACUCAUGACAACAGUGAAAUAUGUGAAAUUGCCGUGAAACUACUUGAAACAUAUUGGUCGGAAGAGGACGAUGAGAAUCUGCCUUCUUUCUGGCGAUGCUCCACAAUCUGGGCAGGUUUGUUACACUGUAAUUGAUCAUUUCCUUUGCCGUGUGCCAUAAAUUUUAAGGCACGUUUGGUACACACUAAUGAAUUGAAGCGACUACUUGAUGGAUAAGAUUUUGGAUUUUUUUUCUCCA